CCCAGGUGGGAUUUGGGGAUGCAGGGGACACUGGGAGCUGUCCCCGUGCCCCUGACCCCUGUCCUUGUCCCCACCAGAAUUCCCCGGGAGAGGCCCCCGGCCUCUCUCAUCAUUGGGAAAAAGGAUUUUGAGCGGAUCCAGGAAGAGGCUCAGGGUCCGGUCCCGGAGCUCGCGGAUCGGCUGAGGACCCUCAAAUCCCGGCAGGACGCGGCUUUCGUGGGCAUCUCUCGCUUUUCCUGCUUUUCCCGCUCCCACUUUUCCCACUCCCCCUUUUCCUGCUCCUCCUGUUUUUCCCACUCCCUGCAUGUCCCCAGGGGUGGUGGCUUCCCCCAGGGUGUCCCCGCUUUGUCCCCAGCCUUUUGGGUCUCCAGGAUCCCUGGAACUGUCCCCAGGGAUGCCACCCUUCUGUGGGUGCCCGGGGCUGUGGGAAGGGGCACCCAUGGCCGUGCCAGGGCCCCGGGAAUGUCCCCGGGAUUUUCCCCAGGAUCCCCGGGAAUGUCCCCGCAGGAGGCGCUGAGCCAGGCCCGGAGCGAGGAGCAGAGGCGGGAGGAGCUGCGGGAGCCGAGGGACCGGAGGAGCGACCUGGAGCAGGAGACGGAGCAGGAAAAGCGGGAGCUGCUGGAGCGGGCGGCCGGGAUGAGGCUGGAGCAGGAGGACGAGAUGCGGGAGCUGAACUCGCUGCUGCUGACCGCCAAGUGCAGCUCGAUCCUGGACCAUCAAGUGGCGGAGAAGCGGCUGAUCCAUGAGGAGCUGGCGGCGGAGGAGCGGCGGCUGAACGGGAUCAUGGAAGCGGAGCGGGAGAAGGGGCUGGAGUUCCAGGAGGAGCUGGAGCGCCGCAGGAAGCAGGAGCUCAUCAGCACCAGGCUGGAGGUGCUCAGGCAGAUGGAGCAGCACCGGGAGCAGCGGGCGCUGAGGGCUGAGCAGAAAUUCCAGGAGGGCCGGAGGGUCCUGGAGUGCCUGGAGCAGAUGAAGAGGGAGGAUUGGGAGGCCUGGCAGCGGCAGCAGCGGCGCAAGCAGCAGCUCUGGGCCGAGAUGAGGCGCGCGGGCAGCGAGAACCGGCGGCUGCGGCAGCGCGAGAGGGACCGCGACCGGCGCGACGAGCAGCGGGCCCUGGAGGAGCAGCGGCUGAAGGGGGAGCGCGAGGCGGCGCUGGAGGAGGAGCGGGCGCGGGUGCGGCGGGAGCGGCAGCGGGAGCUGGACCGGCUCCGGGACAUGCAGGAGCGGGACCGGGGCUGGCAGGAGGCGCGGGUGGGUGGCACCUCCGCGGCGACAAUGCCACCACCACCCCGUGUCCCCAGCCCGGCAAAGGGCGCGGGGAAUCUGACGCGCUGCGCGCACAGCGCGCUCAGGAGGCGGCGGAACGCGCGUGGCGGCGCCGGGAGCUGGAGCGGGAGCGGCGCCGGGCGGGGCUGGCGCGGGAGCUGCAGCGCGGGCGCGGCGAGCAGGUGGCACUGCGGCGACAGCAGCUGGCACUGCACCUGGAGCAGGAGCGCCGCGACUUCCUCACCCUGCUCAGUGGCCAACAGGAGCAGCUGGCACGGGAGCAGCAGGAGCAGGAGCGGCGGGAGCGGGCACGGCGGGAGCACGCCGAGGCGCUGCGGGGACAGAUCCGCGAGCUGCGACAGCGGCGACAGCGCGACAGAGCCGCGGCCAUCGAGGAGGGACAGCGACAGCUGCGCGAGGCGCGGGAGCGCUGCCAGCGCCUGGCACAGAUCGGGCAGCAGAAGCUGCAGCGCCUCAGGGACACCGGAGUGCCCGACAGAUACUGUGCCCGCGUGGAGAGGAAAGCCUGGGCCACGGCCAGCGCUGCCGCCUCCUGAUGCCACCCGGGCGCCACCGUGCCACCUCUUAAUGCCAACCCUGCCGCCUCCUGACGCCAGCCCUAUUCCCCAGGGAUCUGGGCCUCUAUUUCCCCUUUUUUAUCCCUAUUUUUAACCCGGUUUUUAUCACUUUUCACCCAUUUUAAUCUAUUUUUAACCCCGUUUUUGAAUCUGUAUUUUAACCCGGUUUUAGCCAUAUUUUAACCCAGUUUUCAUCGAUUUUUAAUCCGAUUUUUAAUCUAUUUUAACCCAUUUUAAUCCAAAUGUUUUUAACCAAUUUUUAUCUGUUUUCACCCACUUUAUCUCCAUUUUAACCCAUUUUCUCCCUAUUUUUAACCCAUUUCUGUCCCCAUUUUCCCCAUUUUAUCCCUAUUUUUAACCCUUUUAAACCCUUUUUUAUCCCUAUUUUAAACCCAUUUUCUCGGUUUUAUCCCUAUUUUUAACCCAUUUUCAUCCCUAUUUUAAACCCUUUUUUAACCCAAAUCCCCCUCAAUUUUGGGGUCAUGGGGGGAU